GGCGGCGUGUGUGUCAAGAAAGGAGUGGGGAUUGUUCGGAAAGAACCGCGGGCAACGCUACCUACAGCUUCUGGUAACUCAUGGCCUCAGACGAUGUUUCGCAGCUGGCCGAAUCACUGGCCAAGACUCAUGUGGGGGACAGUGAGCUGAGCUACAAGGGUCGGGGACUCAAACUGGACAGCGCGCAGUCUGCGGAGCAGCUGGUGCGGGACAUCGAGGAGUUCCGUGAUCUGCAGGCCCUGCGGCUGGAGGGCAACACGGUUGGGGUGGAGGCGGCAGAGGCCAUUGCCAAGGCUCUGGAGGGCAAGAGCCGGCUGCAGCGCUGCUACUGGAGCGACAUGUUCACAGGUCGGCUGCGUUCUGAGAUCCCUCCAGCUUUGAUGUCCUUGGGCAGUGCUCUGAUGACAGCCGGGGCUCGACUGACGGAGCUGGAUCUGAGUGACAAUGCCUUUGGGCCAGAUGGGGUGAAGGGCAUUGAGACACUGCUCAAAAGCGCCUCCUGUCACACUUUGCGAGAACUGCGGCUGAACAACUGUGGAAUGGGCAUUGGAGGGGGAAAGAUCCUUGCUGCAGCUUUGACAGAGUGCCAUACGCAGUCCAGUGCGCUGGGUUCCCCCCUGAAGCUGAGGGUAUUUGUUGCUGGCAGGAAUCGGCUGGAGAACGAGGGAGCCACAGCACUCGCCCAGGCCUUCAAGCUGAUGGGCAGCCUGGAGGAGGUCCACAUGCCCCAGAACGGGAUAAACCAUCCCGGAGUGACAGCGCUGGCCUCCGCCGUGCGGCACAACCCACACCUGCGUGUCAUCAACCUCAACGACAACACCUUCACCAAGCGGGGCGCCAUAGCUAUGGCCAAGGCCAUGAAGGAACUUCGCAAUGUCCAGGAGAUCAAUUUCGGGGACUGCCUGGUGCGUUCUGAGGGCGCCGUUGCCAUCGCCGAGACCCUGAGGGAGGGGCUGCCCAUCCUCAAGGAGCUGAACCUGUCCUAUGGGGAGAUAACGGAGGCGGCGGCUCUGGUAGUGGCACGGUCCGUGCAGGACAAACCGCAUCUGGAGACGCUCAACCUCAAUGGUAACUGUCUGGGGGAGGAGGGCUGUGAAGCCCUGAAGGAAGCCAUGGACAGCAUGAACAUGGGGGACGUGCUGGGGUCACUCAGUGAUGAUGAGGGAGAGCUGGAGGAUGAUGAAGAGGACAGUGACAGUGAAGAGGAGGAGGAGGAGGAGGAGGAAGAAGAAGAAGAACAACAACAACAGAAUGGAGUGAAGGGGACUGAACAGGACAGUGAGGGAGAGGAGAGCCCCAGAGAGAAGCCAGAGAGCACAGAUGAGGAUAGGGUGACGACAGUGCGCUUGGUGCCUGUGCAGCAGGACUACUUCCCCCAGGACCACGACUACGUGUCCCGGCACAGCAAGGCUGUGGAUUCCUGCAUCAGUCCCAGAAGCAGCCUCCAGUCCAACCUGGAGAGGCGGAUCAGCCCUGAAUGCUGAGCCCCCACCAGCUCCGCACCCCAGCACUCCCAGAGCAAGUGCCACACAGCAGCGCCUGGGGGGGACACGCACUUUGCUGCCAGCUUCUCAGGACAAACGUGCCCCCGCAUCCGUAAACGGACUCACCAGACCCCCCCCCCCCCCCA